AUGAGUAGAACUGAUAAAUGGACAGUUAGAGAAUCCGCUAGUGAACCAAAAUGGUUUACCCAUAAUGGGAAUUUCGAUACCGAUCCAACCAAAGUAAAGAAAGGUGGUAAUGGUAGAGACAAUUGGGGUAAACCGGGUGAUGAACUAUUAGAUGAAGAUCAUGAAUACAAUUACUUUGGUAAAUCCAAAAGACGUAACUCUAAUCAUCAAUCCCAUGAAGAAUUCUUGAAAGAGAGAAAUGAAAUGAUUGACCAUCAUUUCAACAAAAACUAA